CCAGUGGUGACACCUCCAUCAGAGAAACUUCACAAAGGACGAAAGCGAGGAGAUCAAUGCAAAAUUCGCCAACGAUCAGCCCAUCGUGGGGGAGAAGCAAGUCCGAUAUUUUACUGCUGGAUGGGUUAUCGUGCAGCAGUACCAGCACUGGCUCGAUGGACCUGUCCGCCCCACUGUCCUUCCCGCCCCAGGAGCACCAGGCGCCCGUGGGGAUCCUCCUUCAGCUCAAACCCAAGCCUAACUCAGAGCACUCGACGCUUACCCCGCCCGAACCCCGGAAACCGAUGGCGUCACCGGGCCCCGCAGCGAAGAAGAAAGCGGGGCUUAAACCCUGGAACUUUGACCGCUCCCCCUCCCAGGGGAGCAGGUGGGCGGGGCGCAGCAGGCCACCAGCACCCAAGCAGCCGACCCCGCCCUCCUUCCGGAAACGCGUGGCGCCCUCGCCGAAACCCCACGAGACGACGCAGAAGUCGGAGUCGGUGGGCGCGCACCGGGACAGCCGGGGGUCGUCCAUCACCUCCCCUAACAACGCCCUCAGCUCUAACUCCAUGCAAGAGGUCAGCUCUCUCAGAACCCAGUCCAUAAGCACGAUAUCUGAGUCUAGAUUUGAAACAUGCGGCCAGAGCAAGGGAGUGACCCGCGGGAAAACCCGCCCGCGGGUCCAAACCCAGGUCACCUCCCCUGAACGCUGGAACUCUCGUUCGGAGAGGCAGCACAGCGUGUUUUCAAAUUCAAAAUCAAUAUCGAGCUUCAACCUCAGCCACGCCUCCCCGCAGGUCAUCGACUACCAGAGCUGGUUGCUAGGCAACAUACCUGUCCAGGGGCGGCCCAAAUCGUGCACGUACGGGAUACGAGAUCUCCGGCAGAACACGUUCGGCGCCAGCUACGGGUUGAUCAGGACUCGGGGACACUCGGGAGGUUCCGGUUUCGCCUUCGGCAGCAGCGACGGCGACAGCGCGCCCAUAGCGGCCGUCAGGCGGAGGAGCGAAAAAUGGCGGCGUGAUGCGGACUCGCUGAAUGUGAUCAGGGGGGCCUUUUUAGGAGCCGCAGAGUUCUUGCACAGGCGGAAGCGGAACAGGAGCCGAGACCGGGAUAAAAAGCUCGGGGUUGACAAAGCGGUGAGUACGGCUAGCAUGCUCACGGCUGAAAGCCAAAACGAUGACGCUACAAACGCUAUCAGCGCCAACGAACUGGACGAGAAAAAUUUCGUGGAAAAUAAUCCAUUGAGUACAGCCAAGCCGGACCCGGUCGAGGGUUUGUGUAAAAAUGCGGAUCCCACACCCACAGAAAAGUCUCUAGUCGUUGAUAAACAGCUUAGAAGCAUCGACACACAGACGCAGAUUGCUGGAGUCAGAGAUAGCCCGCCCAUACGAGUGGAGGCACCGAAAGAUUCCCCUAAAAGAUCUAGCUUCAAGACUAAAAUCAAAAGGGUUAGAAAAAUUCCUCCCAGGAGCAAAUCUAAAGAGCCAAAAAUUGUAACACGCACAAGCCCGGAGCGCAAAAAGCGGAAAACACGGAAAAAAAAUUUCUCUACUAUAAAAGCAAAUAUGAGAUCUCCUGUCAACGAGGAGAAACCGCAGAGCUUAAGAAAGAUAACCUCGCCGAUCAUAUCCCCGCAUGUAAAACUCACUAGAGCGCGAAUGACCUCCCCUAGCAUUGCUGAGAGUGUCAAAGCGUAUAAAAAAUCUUCCCCCAAGAAGGGGAAACCCAACAAAACAAACCAAACCGAGGAUGUCAGUAAAGCGAAAAAAGACGGUGAAGAUGAUGUUUCCGGAAAGCAAAAUGACGUCACGCCGGAGAAACCCCGCGUUAGCCCCGGUGCGGUUAUAAGUGUGACGUAUGAAGAGGACACGUCCAGUGCUCCCCCGGAUGGGGCGUCGUCAGUCGAGAGUAAACAACCGACGCCCAAGAUGCGCCUGUCAUCCAUAAAAAUCACCAACAUCAUUAUCCCCAUCCAAGAGUUUGCCUCGGCUAUUUCUGAAACUGAAUCGGACCAAUGCAAACCGGAAGCGGACGACAAAACUUUCGACGUUCACGAUGAAAGUUCACAGCUUGACCUGACCGUGACCCAGCCGACCAGCCACAGCACGGGUCACAAAAAAACUGCACCGGUUGAUAAUCUGUCCGAAAAGUCGACCACGCGGAGAAAAAUAUCAAACUCGCGCAAGCGCUCCAAAUCCCCCGUGAAAUCUCCACGGGGUAAAAGCCCAAAUCAAAAAACGCAGUUUUUCAAACACAGACCAAGGAGUAAAUCCACAGCACCGGCUGUUCAUAAAAAAACGCACCCUCCCGCCACCAAAACAACGGGACGUCACCCAUCUCCCAAGCGAAGGGAAAGGUCGGGAUCAACAAAAAAAUCUGCAUUGAAGGAUUCAGCCCGGUCGCCAUCGCGCGGAAGAAAGCAGAAAUUGAACACAUCACAGCCGGCUGCCGGCAAAACAAACAGCGCUAAAAAUACUAGCAGCAGCCCCAAAACGGCGCGGGAGAAUUAUUUAAAAAUCCGGAUACAGCCGGCAAGGUUAAUCUUAACGAAGAAGAAAAUCCAAGCAUGGCAAAAACAAAACAAAAUGGCGACCGCUUCUUCGCCGUCCGAUUCAAAGACUAUGUCUACAUCCGGCCAGGCCGACGCCCAGUCAUCCAGCAGCCCGGAAGCUGCCAGUGAAUGCGUGGUGCGACACGGAAGUCCAAGCUUAAAUCAGCCGGGUUACCCUGUGGCCAACGACGCGGAGAAGACGCAAACGGAUGUAGACGCUGCCCAUGCGGGCGACUCGUGCGUGCGAACUGAGCGCGGGAAAAUUCCCGAGGCGCAUCAGAGUUGUGUUGACGGCAUUGAAUACAUAGAGGUGUUGGAAACGGAUCUCGACCUCGCCACUGAGGAGUACAGGAGCCGCAGAAAUCCUUCCCGGUGUGGGAACAGCCGUGAGCGGAAACUGAGCCCGGUAACUCUUACUCGCACGUCGAGAAAUCACUCCCCCACCGGCCACUUGUCCAGAAAGACGCCGAUGUUUGCCAGGUACUCCCGGAUGGGGGUUGGGGUAGGCGGGCACAGUCCCGGGUCCAGCACAGACCCGCCCCAGAAGAAAUACGUCACGUUCAGAAAGAAUUGGAAAGAAAAACCAACCGAGCCCGGGGCGAGCCCCACCCCCGUGCCUCCCCGCCCCGCGGCCAGCAGUAGCUACGGGAUCCAGUCGUCCUUACAGAAAUACGCCAAACAAAACCGUGUCAGGCCCAAAGAGGUCCGAAAAGCGCCCGUCUACCACCCACCAUGGGGGAGACCUCGAAUCAACGGGGUCAAACACGUGACUCGUCGUCCCGACUCCAGCAACGUUGGAUCCCCCUCGUAUUCGAUCCCGCCCAGAAACCUUGCCUGGGAUUCCAUCUUCGAUAGGCUGGACUCUGUAGACGAAGGGAAGGAAGAUAACGGCGCCUCCAGAAUCAAGUACGGCCUGCUCUUUGUCGUUAUAUUCAUACAAUGUCUUAUUCAGUAUUUUAUCACUAACGACUGAAAGCCGGAUUAGUUUAUUUUUUAUCUAAAAGAAAGCUCAAUGUUUUAAAUUGUCAAUGCCCACUGGGCUUGAUUAUAUUGUCAGCUAGGGGUGGGGUUUGAAUAGGAUAUACCUAUAUGUCAAACUGUUUUUAUUUUAUAAAAUGUAUAUGGGUACAUACACAAUUCAUCAUUUUUAAUA